AUCUUCAUUUUGGGGGGAAAUUAAUAAAAAGGGGGAAAUCGAAGGUAAAAGGAGGCUACUUCGUCGGCUGCUCGAGGAUGGGGAGAGCUUGGCCAUUUCAGCUGAUUCAGCAGCGGUUGUGUGAAUGCGUGUGUAUGUAUAUAUGGUGACGGGGGUUAUAGAGAUUGAAUGGGGAAAUGUCCUUUUCGUAACUGACGGCCGCUUCUCCCUCCGUUCGGUUGGAUCUUCCUGUUCCCCCUCCCUCUCUAGCUCUCUCGUCCUCGCCUUUGCACCCCCCUCCCCAGCCUCCCAGCCUCUUUGCUCCGCAUGCUGUUCCUUCCCCCCCGAUGCCUUUUCUUUCCCCGGGGGGAGGGUGUGAAAGGCACCUAGGAGGAUGAGCGAAGGGGUCUCCUCGCCGCCUGGUGCCGCAGCUGCUGCCGAGGAGGGGGCGGCGGCUGGAGCCGGGGGUCCUGCUAACGGCGAUGGGGCCCCCGAUCCCGCGGCCCGCGAGGUGCGCUGCAGCGACUGCAUCGUGUGGAACCGUCAGCAGACGUGGCUGUGUGUGGUGCCCCUGUUCAUCGGCUUCGUCGGCUUGGGGCUCAGCCUGAUGCUGCUCAAGUGGAUCGUGGUGGGCUCCGUCAAGGAGUACGUGCCCACCGAGCUGAUGGAUUCCAAAGGGAUCGAGCAGGACCCCUUCUUCCUUUCCAAGCAGCCCACCACGCCGCCCAAGAGCAUGGACACCACCACGUCCGCCAGCACGGCCACCACCGCCACCACGUCGAGGACGCCCAAUCGGAUAAGUACCCGCCUCACCACCAUGACCAAGGCGCCCACCCGCUUCCCGGGCACCCGGGGCCCUAUCCGGGCCGGCCCGCCGCGUUCCACCACGGCGCGCCACACGGUUGUGCCUCCGACCGUCCUUGCCACCACCGCCGCCACCGUCCCUUUCAGCAGCACCACCGCCAUCCUGGUCUCCCGCCCGGCGCCUGGCACCCCUGGCACCCAGCCUCUGCCCAUCUGGCCCACUGCGGCAUACACUACCUCCUCCUAUAAGACCUAUCUCCAGGACUCGGCUCCAUCCUGGACUUUAUCCCCCUUCCAAGAGGCCAGCACCACCACCACCACGCCAGAGGCCAACACCAGCCCCAAAUACCAUACAACAACAUACUCCACUGAGCAAUCUGAGCACUUUAAACCAUGCAAAGAUAAGGAUCUUGCAUACUGUCUCAAUGAUGGGGAAUGUUUUGUCAUUGAAACUCUAACAGGCUCCCACAAACACUGCCGGUGCAAAGAGGGCUACCAAGGAGUCCGAUGCGAUCAAUUUUUGCCGAAAACCGACUCAAUCUUGUCAGAUCCAACUCACCAUUUGGGAAUUGAAUUUAUGGAGAGCGAAGAGGUUUACCAGCGGCAGGUGCUGUCUAUUUCCUGUAUCGUCUUUGGCAUAGUCAUAGUGGGCAUGAUCUGUGCAGCGUUCUACUUCAAAACAAAGAAACAAACAAAACAUAUUCAGGAACAGCUGAAAGAGACACAGAAUGGGAAAACCUACAGCCUUCAUGCUUCCAGCAUGAUGGCAAAAUCAGAGACUAGGGCCCAAAGCCGGGUCCAGCUGCAAAAUUAUUCAAAGGCAAAUAGACACCCAGAGCCAGUGAUGGAAAAAAUGAUGGAAUCUAGCUUUUCAGGAACUCAGACCUUUCCCGAAGCCUUGUCUCCUGACAGAGGUAGCCAGGCUAUAAAGCCACACAGAAGUCUCUCUUCAUGCUGCAGCCCAGGUCAACGAACCGGAAUGCUCCACAGGAAUGCUUUUCGGAGGACUCCUCCCUUACCUCGGGGCAGGUUCAAUGGAAUUACAGGACCAGCAUACCAACAGCUAGAAGAGUCAAGGAUCACAGAUCAGGAGACAAUAUCUUGUCAAGGGUUAUCUACUGGUUUAACAACACCACAGAAUACUUCAGUAAAUAUGCAACUGCCUUCAAAAGAGACGAGCUCUUAUUUUAAUAUUGUGGUUCAAAAGGACAUGAUUGGCUAUUCAUCUCCGAGGGCCAAUUCUGUUCCCAUAAUCCCCUCGGUGGGCUUAGACGAAGCCUGCAUGCAGACACAAAAUGUUUCAGACAUAACAGGCAUCAAAUGGUGCAAAAACUCUUAUUCCACUGAACUUGUUAAUGUGAGUGCCCCAGCCAGCAGUUGUCUUAUUGCAGAACAACAAGAAGUCAAAAUAUUGUUAGAAACUAUCCAGGAGCAGAUCCGAAUUCUAACUGACACAAGGAGGUCGGAGGACUUUGAAUUGUCAAAUGCCAACACCAAGAACAGUACCAGUGAAAACACGGUGUUUCUGCCCAUGAGUCCUGUGGUGAAAUCUGAGCAAGAGGCACAGUUUAUCUUAAAAAGUGAAAUGAAAAGAGACUCUGCAUCGAUCAAGUGA